CCCCGGAAGUGACCGGCCGGGUGGGCGGACGGGCGGGUGCGGCGGCGGCGACGGCGACGUUCGUCACUCGGUGCGGGAGGGAGUGCGAGCGCUGCGCGGUCGAGCCCUCCGGUGUCUAGGUCCAGGCUAGAGGUGAACAUGGCUGAGCAGGAGCCCACAGCUGAGCAGCUGGCACAGAUUGCAGCUGAGAACGAGGAGGAUGAGCACUCGGUCAACUACAAGCCGCCGGCGCAGAAGAGCAUCCAGGAGAUCCAGGAGCUGGACAAGGAUGACGAGAGUCUGCGCAAGUACAAGGAGGCCCUGUUGGGCCGUGUGGCUGUCUCUGCAGAUCCCAACGUCCCCAACGUCAUCGUGACCCGCCUGACCCUGGUGUGCAGCACUGCCCCAGGUCCCCUGGAGCUGGACCUGACAGGUGAUCUGGAGAGUUUCAAGAAGCAGUCCUUUGUGCUGAAGGAGGGUGUGGAAUACCGGAUAAAAAUCUCUUUCCGGGUGAACCGAGAGAUCGUGUCGGGCAUGAAGUACAUCCAGCACACGUACAGGAAAGGCGUGAAGAUUGACAAGACUGACUACAUGGUGGGGAGCUACGGGCCGCGGGCAGAGGAGUACGAGUUUCUGACUCCUGUGGAGGAGGCACCCAAGGGCAUGCUGGCGCGGGGCAGCUACAACAUCAAGUCGCGCUUCACAGACGAUGACAAGACUGACCACCUGUCCUGGGAGUGGAAUCUCACCAUCAAGAAGGAGUGGAAGGACUGAGUCCCGGGCCGGGAGGCAGGCAGGGUGACGGCCAGCGGGCGGACGGAUGGACGUGCCCACCCCCACUCCCUACCCCAUACCAAAGUGCUGACGGGGCCUGUGCCCCCGCCGUCACUCCCUCCCUGGUC